AUGUGGUAUGCCAUAACUCUAAAAUGGGCCACAUCAGGCGAUUACAUGGCUUGCCGUAUUUGUUUCAAAAUUCACCGGUCAUUGUUUUUGCAUGUACGCUCAUGGAUAAAAAAAGUUUUUCCGUCAUUGUUUGUAUAAAAUAUUCUAUUUCACACUAUUCUCGAUCACGUUACUCGGAUCAUACGUGUCAUGGCGCUACUUUGGACUCAUUAUGGCUGCCAGUUUCGGACUACUGUUCGGGUUCUAGAAUGGUGCUAGUGGUUACAGUACGAAUAUUGUACUUCGGCUGAAAUCUGGCAGUCUCAUCUCCGCCAAUGUAUGAUCUCUCUUUUUUCUUCAAAUACUCUGAAUUAAGAAGAAACGAACUCAAAAAUGUGUGACAAACGAACAUUGAAUAGAGACAAGAUCAACAAAACAAGGCGAAGACAACGACAAAUUGUAAAGGCAAUGGCCCGUGAUAUUGAUAUGCGAUUAACGUCAGAUGAAACCUCGACAGACGAAUCAGAUGAUAGAACACGUGAACCUAGAGAAUGUUCAGAUCAUUGUGGUACAUCAGCUGAAGAACAUCCUGAUCCAUCAAUAAUAGUAGAACAAGAGGAACAAAACAGUACGGACUAUACGACAGAAGAACAAGAAAAUGAGAAUAGCACACGUGAAUCUUCAACAGAGCAGGAGUAUGAGGAAAGAAGAAGUCGCACGUCAGAAUCUACAGACGACGAAGAAGAAAGAAAUGUAUAUCAGGAGCUUCGAGAAUGGGCUGUUGAAUUCAACAUUCCACACAGGAAUCUUGAAAAAUUAUUGGACAUUAUUCGCAGAAGAUUUUUACCUGAACUACCGAAAUCAGCGAAGACUUUUUGGAAAACGAAUUCUUGUACUUAUAUCAUCAGAGAAACAGAAAGUGGUCAGUUUGUUUAUUUCGGCUUAGAAAGUGGGCUUCGAGCUUGUAUAAUCGAACACCUGCAUCCUGGAAACCAAAUCUUUUUACAAGUUAAUGUAGAUGGGCUGUCAGUUUUCGAAUCAAGUUCAACGCAAUUUUGGCCCAUACUUUGUAAGGUGCAUUCUCCGCAAAUGGAUUUGUAUACACCGUUCAUUGUAGGUUGUUAUUGUGGGAAUUCUAAACCUCUGUCACGAGCGCCGCAUAUUUACACCGAAUAUCAUCAUAAACCAUGUCAAUAAUUAUUAAUAUCGCUUUAGAGACGAGGAAGCAUAGCUUAAAUAUGUUGGUUAAUCUAUAUAAAAUAUUUCAUACAAAACAGUUCGUGGCAUAACCAAAGCGCAACGGCGUAGUUGAUGGACAGCAACGACAGCGUCUCCGCGGCCGCCAGAUCUCGGAUGUAAUCAACACCGGGAUGAGGCGAUCGCGAGAUCACGUGCUUCGAGGAUGACUGUCGCGGGGCGAGCUUUUGUUCCAAAAUUGUAAAUUCAGCGAAAACCUCUCUCACCGCCCGACGUUCCAAGGGGUGUCGGACGAGCGAGCGAAGUCAGUCCCGUUAGAGACAGAAUAAAAUCAACAUCUACGGAAACAGGCUCCUUCAAAGCUGUCGAGUAUAGAGUUGUCAGUCUUAGAGUCAUCGACGAAUAGAGAGUGAAUUCCUCUAAUUCGACACGCGGUGUUCAAAGCGUCUCGCGUCGCGACGUCAGUCUUUCGAAGCUAGAAUAUAAGAGUAGAAAGCUGUGCCACGAACUUAAUCAAGUUGUGUAGUAAUAAGAAUAGUGAUAAUUGAGAGAGAGUGAGAAUUCGGAGUAGAAACCACCAAAAGAGUGAGUAGAUGUAUGAACGAGAACCACUAGGUUAAGAACAUUAAUGUAAGCUUCCUCGUCUUAGAUAUUUCACCCGCUGCUUUCGCUUGCUAUUUUCAGUUGCAUUGAUUCAUUAAAACUUGAUCCCAUAGUAAACAUUCUAUUACAUUAAUAUCAUUGAAUCCUCCAAACCUAUUCCCGGGAUCGCCCUGUAGAGGACCAUCACCUCCCGACUCACCAAAAAAAUAAGAAUAAACCUCUACGAAUACCUAGAGGGAUAAGUCGUCAC